AUGGCUGAUCCCAUUUUUCCUACGGUCGCACGGUCGAGGGUCAAGUAUAUCCCUUCCGACUGUUGCUCUCCCUUCCGCCGUCGCUCUCCCUUCCGCCCGUCGCCCGUCUUUCCCCCUCGUCGCCCUGCCUUCCGUCCGUCGCCCACCCUUGUUCCCGUCGCCCUCCCUUCCCGUCGCCCUCCCUUCCCGUCGCCCUCCCUUCCCGUCGCCCGCGCUUCUUCCCGUCGCCCUCUCUUCCCGUCGCCUUCCCUUCCCGUCGCCCGCGCUUCUUCCCGUCGCCCUCCCUUCCCGUCGCCCUCCCUUCCCGUCGCCCUCCCUUCCCGUCGCCCUCCCUUCCCGUCGCCCUCGCUUUCCCCGUCGCCCUCGCCUUCCCUCCCGUCUCCCUUCCCAUCUCGCACACUUGUCACCCUCCCUUUUCUCUCCCUACUCCCUCUUUUCCCUCCCUCCAAUAAUCGCCUUCCUUCCCCCAACUUAUACCCCUUCCCUGCUUCCCCCCAUCCCCUGCCCUGCUUCCCCCCAUCCUCUUCAUUCUUUCCCCGUAUCCCCAGCCCUGCUUCCCCCCAUCCCUUCCCUGCUUCCCCCCAUCUCCUUCCCUUCUUCCCCCCAUCUCCGUCCCUGCUUCCCCCCAUCCCCCUCCCUGCUUCCCCCCAUACCCCUUCCCUGCUUCCCCCCAUCCCCUUCCCUGCUUCCCCCCAUCCCCUUCCCUGCUUCCCCCCAUCCCCUUCCCUGCUCCCCCCCAUCUCCAUCCCUGCUUCCCCCCAUACCCCUCCCUGCUUCCCCCCAUCCCCUUCCCUGCUCCCCCCCAUCCCCUUCCCUGCUCCCCCCCAUUCCCUUCCCUGCUUCCCUCAUCCCCUGCCCUGCUUCCCCAUGUCCCCUGCCCUGUUUCCCCCAAUCCCCUUCCCUGCUUCCCCCCAUCUCCUUCCCUUCUUCCCCCCAUCUCCGUCCCUGCUUCCCCCCAUCCCCCUCCCUGCUUCCCCCCAUACCCCUCCCUGCUUCCCCCCAUCCCCCUCUCUGCUUCCCCCCAUACCCCUCCCUGCUUCCCCCCAUCCCCUUCCCUGUUCCCCCCCAUCCCCUUCCCUGCUUCCCCCCAAUCCCCCUCCCUGCUUCCCCCCAUCCCGUUCCCUGCUUCCCCCCAUCCCCUUCCCUGCUCCCCCAUGUCCCCUUCCCUGCUUUCCCCCAUCCCCCUCCCUGCUUCCCCCCAUCCCCUUCCGUGCUUUUCCCCCUCCCGUCGCCCUCGCUCUCCCCCUCCCGUCGACCUCGCUUUCCCCCUGCUCACUCGCAUUCCCCCUGCUCACUCUCUUUCCCUCUGCUCACUCUCUUCCCCCUUUCUCACUCUGCCCCCCCUUCCUCACUCUGUUUCCCCCUGCUCACUCUCUCCUCCUCACUCUAUUCCCCCCUGCUCUAUUCCCCCUGCUCUGUUCCACCCUGCUCACUCUCUCCUCCUCACUCUAA